AUGGACGUCCACAUGCGCCCCUGCCCCGGGCGCGUUGGUCCCCCUUCUGCCGUGGCCUCGUGGCUCGGGACCCUUCAGGAGCGCUUCUCGCCGCGGCAGCCUGACUCGCUGGCACCAACCGCGCCUGCCGAGCCGCAGCGCAAAGCCCGCAUCCUUGCACCGCCAAGGCCCUCGACGCUGCCGCCCGAGGAGCCCAGCGUUACCACCGACGCGGCCGCGUCAAUCGCCGCGGCAGAGCCUGAGCUCAUCCACCAGCGCCUGGGUGUGCGGCAGGAGCGGUACGCCCCGCCGCGGGUGCUGCAUCCAAUGGCGAGCCAGCUGGUGGGCCUGCUCUUCACGCUGCUGGGGCCGCCCGUGUUCACGCCCACCGUGCCGGGUGUGCGGCAUCCAGGCACCGAGGGCAAGUACGAGCUGCUGCGCCUGCUGUGGCAGCGCGCAGAGCGGCAGUUCAGGGAGGGCAACAUUGGCAGCGCCCAGCAGCAGCAGCAGCAGCAGCAGCAGCAGCCAGAAGAGCAGUGGCUCGGUGCUGAGGGGCGGAUUCUGGACGGCCUGCCGGCAGUCGAGGAGGACGCGCCCGCCGACGCAGAGGAGGCGGACUGGCUGCGGCGCGAGGCGGCGGCGGCGGCCGCAAUGACCGCCCACCUGCGGGAGAGCCUGCGAAAGGUGCUGGAUGACCCCUUGGUGCCUCAAAAGGCGCGUGACGUCGCCGUCGCUCGCCUGCGCGACCGCGAGGCCACCGUGGCGCGCGGCCUGCGCGCCUGGUUUGACGAGUGUGCCGCACGGCCCGAGUUUGGCGCGGUCGUGCUGCCGCUGCUGCGGCUGGUGGUAGGAGCGCUGGAGGGGGCCGGGCUGGAGGCGGCAGCCGACGUGCGUGGCAGUGGCGGCAGUGCGGCCAAUGGUGAGGCGAUGGAGGCACGCACCCUCGCGCUGGUGGAGGCGCAGCUGCCGGCCGGAUGGAGCCUGCUUUCAAAGGGCCACGUCGUGGCGCUGGACGGGCGGCACCCCGGGCAUGCGGCCCGGUGCAAGUGGGAGGUGGACGUGGUGGCACUGGACGACAGCGGCACUGCAGUGGCGCUGUUCGAGGCCAAGCUAGCCAACGCCAACCCCCUGAUGACGCUGCUGACUGAUGUGGAGCGCUGCAUCGCCCUGGUGGACCAGCUGGCCGCAUGCAAGACAGUCACGCUGCGCAUACAGGACGACAGCAGCAGCAACGGCGGCGGCGGCGGCGGCGGCGGCGGCGGCGGCGGCGACGGCGGUGACGGCGGCGAUGGCGGCGAAGACACGAGCGACGAGGCCGAGGGAAGCGGCGAGGGGAACGGGGAAGGCGAGGCAAAGGCCGAAGGCGCCGGCACGGCUGCGCCCGAGCCAGGCCUGUACAGCGGCGUCAAGGACGCGCGCCGGCUGCGCAAGCAGCGGCGCCAGGCGGACGUGAAGCUGCGCAAGGCGUGGCGCGACGUGGUGGUACCGGUGGACCCGGGGCUGAUGCCGAUCUACGUCAUAGGGCGGCCCCUGAAGCCCAAGGACCUGGCGCGGGGGCUGUCGUCUUGCGCCAGCGCGGAGGCGCUGAAGCUCGCGGCCCGCGACCCCAGGGCGCUCGUCGCCGGCCUGCUUGCCGCAGAGGCGGCCGAGCGCGACGCCGCCGCAGCCGCGACGGCUGUUGAGGGCGGGGAGGGCUGGGCGCCUGCGGUGCCGGCGUCUCCGCGAUCGGAGGCGUCGUCAGCGGCAGGCAGCUUCGGCAGCUUGCUGAGCGUUGGCAGCGGCGCAAGCAGCGGCAGCGGCAGUGCGCUGGGCGCGUUCCCUGACGACGCCCCGCGGCUGCCACUGAUGCUGCCCGAGGACUGGAGGGCGGCCAUCAGCGACGUGGUGCUGUCGCGGCUCGACCUGUUGGUGAACCGGGUCACCCUGCUGGCCAUUGACGACGGUCGGCGGGCGGCGGCGGCGCAAGCGGGCGGCGGCGGCGCCCGAACCAGCCAUUGCGCAGCAGUGGCGGCGGCCGUGCAGCUGAACAAGCAGCAGCGGCGGCGCAAACGCCUGGCGUGCUGGGCGGCGGCGCCAGAUUUUGAGCCCCUGGUCGGCAAGCGGGAGCGCGUUCGGCAGCCGCAAGACCCUGGAGAUUCAACGCCCAACUUCAGGAAGGAGCAGCGGCUGGCCAAGGUCAUGGCGUCAGCUGGUGUGGCGUCCCGCCGCAGGUGUGAGGAGCUGAUUGAGGAGGGCCGCGUCGCAGUCAACGGGCAGGUUGUGUCAGUGCAGGGCUUCAAGGUCUUGCCGGCCAGGGAUCGCGUCACAGUGGACGGCCGCGAAGUUCGCAUCGCGGCGCUGGCGGCGGCGCCGGGACGCGCGGCAGCUGGCGGCAGCGGCGGCAGCGGCGGAGGCGGCGGCGUUCACGAGCUGUGCUAUUUUCUGGUGCACAAGCCGGUGGGGUUUAUCUGCAGCAACGUGAGCAGCCGUCCAGGGCAGCGCGUGGUGGACCUGCUGGGGCCGUGGCUGGAGCGCUGGCGGGGGCGGCAGAGGGACCCGGCCCUGCUCCCGCCGCGGCUGUUCACCUCGGGCCGCCUGGACGUGGCCACGAGUGGGCUGGUGCUGGUCACGAACGACGGCGUGUGGGCCAACCGCGUCAUACAUCCCUCUGCGGGCCUCACCAAGGCGCGCGUGCACGCCUUUCUUGGGGGUCGGGACGUGCCAGGACUGGUACUGCUCACUUCCCUGCGCCGACAGGCGCUUGGGCGCCGCUGCUUUGCUGCUACUCGCCUGAUGCCCGUGUGUCGCGGCUGCCUACUCUUCGUUGUUGUUGGCGGCAAUGCACUAGCGGCACCUGGGGGUAUCAAGGGGCUGGGGAGCAAGGAGUACCUGGCAACCGUGGCGGCGCCCCCAUCGCAGUUCCAGCUGGAGCAGCUGCGUGACGGCGCCUUUGUGGAGGGAGUGCUGUGCGUACCACAGCUCGUCGAAUCGGUGGCCGCGGACGAACCCGCGGCAGCAGUGGCAGCGGCAGCGGCGGCAGGCAGGCGCCGCCAGCCGCGGGUCGGGGAUGCAGGCGGGGACGGAGGGGCCGAGCGAGGAGGGGCGGCGGGCGAGCGGCCUGGCGGAGGGUGGGCCGGCCGCGAUGGCGCUGUCGGCGGUGGUGGUGGCAGUGUGCUGCGCAUCGUGGUGUCAGAGGGCAAGAAGCACGAGGUGCGCGUGCUGGUGGCGUCGGCGGGCCUGGAGCUGCUAUCGCUGCACCGCACGCGCAUCGGCGGCCUGGACCUGCCACCUGAUUUGGCCCCUGGCCGGUACAUGGAGCUGCGGCCGGGCCAGGCGGAGGGUGUCUUGCACGACACCUUUGAGGCACGCAAGCAGUGA